CAAAAAAUUUCACCGACCAAUCAGAAGCAGCGCUGCCUGAAGAGGAAGUGGCGUAAGAUCCUUGCGGACCAAUCCUUGGCUCUGAUUUGGAUUGUGGGAGGAAGGCCCGCCCCCUGCUAUCGAACCGGAGCGCGCCUGGAGAAGAACCGAGCAGCUGCAAACCCGUCCGAGCCUCUCCGGCAGCAGCAACAUGGAUACAGAGCUGUUCAUGGAGUGUGAGGAGGAGGAGCUGGAGCCAUGGCAACAGGUGGACGACAGCGUGGAGGAAGACGAUAUGGACUUCAUGGACAACUACGGCGAGCCAGUGGAGGAUUCGCCAUCUCCUCUUCCUGCCUCUGAGUCUCCACCUCCUAGGACACCUCCACCCAUCACACGUGCUCCAACAGCCUCCCCUCCUGUGCAGAUCAUCUCGUCCUCUGUUGCUCCUCGUCCUCCCUCCAUCAUCACCCCCUCCGCCCCCCGCCUCCCUGCCGCCUCUUCACCUGCUGUCUCAGCUCCGCCCCUGAUGGCUCAGGCUCCGCCCCUUUUCCUGACGCAGACGGCAGGUGGAACGUUUCUCCUCCCAGCAGCCCCCGGAACCGCCAACGCCCAGCCAUUCCUCCUGACUACACAGGGCUUCCCGAUGCAGACGAUGAUGAACCCUGGCACUCCUCUGCUGCUGAACCUUCAGGGUCAGACAGUGCAGCCACUCACCCUGAUCCAGUCGCCGUCGCUCGGUCAGCUCGUCCGGCCCAGUGUGGGCGUGUCCCCCGUCCUCCCCCAGGGUCAGACCAUCCAGACCCGACCAACCGCCAUGCAGCUGCCCACCACGCUGACCAUCCGCACCAGCACGCCAGGACCCGUUAACCUCCAGGUGACACAGUUGGGUGGAGCCAACACCCUAAAGCUGGCAGGUUCCCCAGCCCUCCCUUCUGGUUCUGCCAAUGGAGUCACCAGAUUCACUACGUUCAGCAGCGCUCCUGGCUCCACCCCCUCUGUCAUCAUGACUCCCACUAUGACCUUGACGUCGACCUCCGACUCUCCGAGAGUGGUGAUGAGUGUGGAGGAGUUCUACUACGGAACCUUCGAAGGCGACUUGAGCCUGAGGAAGCCCCUCCCACUGGGCAUCAAAACCUCCACCUUCACCUGCCAGAUCUGCAUGCACCUGGCAGAGAACAACCUGAGGUUGAUGCAGCACAUGCUGCAGCACUCGGAGCUGAUUGGUGGAGGAGGAGACGAUGAAAGGAAGUGCUGCAGGUACUGUUACCGACAGUUCUCGUCUCCAGCACAGCUGCAGAGCCACCAGGAGCAGGUUCAUGGCUCCGCUCUCUCCUCCUGUAUGUGUCGUAUUUGUGAGUGGGCGUUUGAGAAUGAGCCGGCCUUCUUGAACCACAUGAAAUCAAACCACAAACCGGGUGAGAUGCCAUACAUCUGCCAGGUGUGUUCGUAUCGCUCGUCCUUCUACGCGGAUGUCCUGCAGCACUUCGCCAGCUUCCACAGGGAAUCUCGCUUCCUGCUGUGCGUGUUCUGUCUGAAGGUGACCAGAAAUCCAGCGAGCUACCAGCAGCACCUGCUCAAACACCAGAUAAACCAGGCCUUCCACUGUAACCGCUGUCGGCUUCAGUUUGUCUUCCUGAAGGACAAAAUGCAGCACAAACUGGAGAACCAUCGCAGCUUCCGCCGACCCGUUCAGCUAGAGGGACUGCCACCAGGGUCAAAGGUGACCAUCAGGACCUAUGGAAAGAUCCGGCCAGUAAUGACAGCCGGGAGCCGCCUCCUCCAGAGCCCUCUCUCCCUCAUCCAGCCAAUCAACAUCAAGACGGAGGUGCAUAGGUUGCCGAUCCAGAGGAACCCUAUAAUUUCCAAAUCACCACGAUCCCCGACCAAGAGACCGAUCAGCCGCAGCCGAAUCCACGCCAACAGGUCUGGUGACCUGGACCGGUUGGUGUGUUUGGAGUGUGGAACCGAGGCGUUGGACUUCUCGGCCCACUAUCCGACCCACGUCCACUGCCUGCUGUGUCCCUACAGCAGCUGCUGCUCCAGAGCCUACGCUACCCACAUGAUCCACCACCACGUCCCACGAUCCAAAGACAAAGUUCUCCCCCUGCACAGACUGCCGCCCCCCUGUGUGUUCCUGCUACAGUGUUCUCAGUGUGACUUCAGGCCUCACACUGCUGAUCAGAUGGCCGAUCACCUGCUGUUAAACCCAGACCACCACAGCGCCACCUGCUGCUCCCGGACCUACAUUGAACCAGACAUUCAGUUCUGCCACAAUGAAGAGCAAAGUUCUGCAGAAGAUGAGGACCCCAAGCAGAGCCAGGACGCAGCUGACAAGUCCUGGAGGUCAGCAGAUUGUUGGAAGGAGCCGACAGAGAGCAGCACAUUCUCUAUCCUGCCCUUUACUGAAACCAGCGGUCCAAACCACUUCCUGUCCAGGAACAGUGAUGCCAUCGACUUCUUCAACCUGCUCUUCCCGGCGGCACUCAUUGAGCUCAUCACAAAGGAGACAAACUCCCAUGUCAAAACCUGCCAGUUCCUGGGUGCCAGCUACUCGGACUGGAUCCCUGUCACCACACACGAGGUCAAAGGCUUCAUCGGCCUGGUGAUCUUGAUGGGGAUUCAGAACCUGCCUGACCCGUCGCACUACUGGUCCUGGAGUCACUAUGACAACAGCUACACCUUCUAUCGUGCCAUGAGCUUCAAGCGCUUCAAGCAGAUCGCCACCAACAUCCGCAUGGGAAGCUUCGAGACCAGCGAGUACUGCAGGACCGGCAACCCCGCCGACUCGCUGCACAUCUUCAGGCCGAUGCUGGACAUCAUGAGCGAAGCCAUGUGGAGCACCUACCAGCCGAACUGCUCCCUGACCAUCGACCGAGCGCUGCUGCCCAGUCUGGAGGAGGAGAGCUGUCACCUGAAAGGAAAGCCCAAGACCCAGCCUCAGGUGUGGCUGCUCUGUGACUCCAAGUCUGGCUAUUGUCACCGCUUCUUCAUCCAGGUGGGGCAGAAGGCAGGGCAGGAGCCGGGUGUCACUGUGGUGCCAGAGCUCGUGAAGGGUCUUGAGGGCAAACACCACCAGCUCUACCUGGCCAGUUCACUUACGUCAGUUCCAGUCAUGCAGAAGCUCCUGGAUCAGCACAUCUACGCCUCCAGCUCCUUCCCUCCACCCAACCCCAUAUUGCCCCGGGAGUUGUGGGAUGAAGGCCAGCUGGAAGAGCCUGGGGACUUCCUGCAGAGGCAGUGUGGCCCCCUGCUAGCCACUCGCUGGAGGGACACCAAAGAGAUGGGCUGCUUGUCGACAAACGCAGCUCCAGGGGAAGCUGACACUGUUUGGAGGCGGUCUCAGAGCAAAGUGGGUGGGCUGGACCCCAUUGACCGCCCAAUGGCCUUUCGCCUUCUGCAGGAGAACAUGCGAGGCGUCGACAUCUGCAAGCAGCUGCUGGCCUGCAACCCGCUUGGAGGAAUCCCACAGGACCGACACUGGCGCAGCCUCUUCUGGUUCUUGGUGAAUCUGAGCAUCGUCAAUGCCUUCAUUGUGCUGCGGGAGAGCCGCAAGGAGAACCCACCUGCCUGGGUACAGGACGGCCUUUUCUCUCAGGUCAACUUCCGCAAGCGUCUGGGCAACCAAUUAGCCAAGUGCGCCCAGAAAUACUUUGAAACCAUAGAGAUUGCCAGCUCUCGCGGCACGAGGACGGAGACACCGGGUGAACCCGUCAAACAGAGACACAGGAUAGCAAAGAUCAGCAGCAUCUCCAAGAGGUGCAAGAACUGCAACAUGAAGAGCGUCCGGCACGAGAGUGUGUAUGGCUGCAUCAUCUGCAAGGCCAACCUGUGCAAACAGCCCAGCUGCUUCUGGGAGUUUCACGGCCUGUCGCCUGUCAACAAAGGACCAGCAAAAAUUGGAUUUCUCAAGGACAGAAUAAGUGGUACAGUCGAGGUGGACGAGGUUGACAGUGUGGACCAGACAAUGGCUCCUGUGGAGGACUUUGACUUCUCUGAUGAUGAGAAACUGGACGAUCUGGACGACAUUGAAGAAAGUGACACUAUUAAAGAAGAAUUUAUCCAAGAUAGGAAAAGUCCAGUGUCUCACACGCCGUCAGUAACAAAUGGCCAUGCCCAACCACCUGCCAUCUUAUCUGGGUCUAAAGAUCGGGAAGAGUUCCUGACUGCCCGGCAGCUGAGGAUCGCCCUGUUUGCUCUGUGUGAUGGACUCCGUCAGGCCUCAAGGGUGUUUUCCACCGAGAUGCAGCAUAUCCGGUCGUGGCUUAAGGAGGCCAGAACACGUUUUAAGCAAACCAUGCAGAAGGUACACGGCGAUGGCGAGGACCGCAUGGUGGCGUGGGUGCUGUCCAUGCGGGAACAGCAACUUCCGAUCACAGAGAGCAACCUCUUCCACAAAGUGUCCAUGCUGAAGAAGAAGGGAGGCUUCGACGACUCCUUCCGCAUCUCGUACGUCUGGGCGGUGAGCUUCCUGCUGCAGCAGCGGCUGGGUGUGCAGACCAUCGGCAGGGCUGCAUCUUUGUGUCGCAUUCUGCCUCCUUCUCUGGAUGCCAAGGUCCGGUCCUUCAGACGGUUUACCCAGAAGGUCUUCCGGGUCCACAAACUCCAGGAAAGCUCUGUGGCUGCAAUGGACGAGCUGUGCCUAUUUGUGGAUGUAAGAUUAGCUCAGGAUAAGUCCCGCUGCUCAGAGGCGCUGGAACUUACUGGGUCUUCACCACUGGUCACUUUGUACAUGUCGACGCUGGCCGACGGUACCAUGCUGCCGUCUCUGGUGCUGGCUAAUCAGCAGCUAGCAAAAAAAACGUUCCCUGAGUUCAUCCUGGUAGAGACUAGCCCGGAGGGACUGCUGGUCGAGGAGGCUCUGGAUCUGUGGAUGAACAAAGUUUGGCUUCAUAAUCAGUCCGGUGUGACUCGUAAAUCAAUGCUGGUUCUGGACCGGCACAGGGAGCACCUGGGAGACCAGUUCCUCACCUCCGUCAGUGGAUCGGGCACCCUGCCAGCGGUGAUCCCUGGAGGCUGCUCCUUCUGCCUGCAGCCACUGGAGGUCUGCGUGAAGCCAGUGCUGCAGCGCUACCUGCUGGCACGCUGGUCCAAGUUCACCGAAAGAAACCCGAACGAGCUGGACGAGAUGUUACCGCACCGACUUCAAGCCAACGUGGCCCAGCUGCUGGUCGACUGGGUGGUCGAGGCCCUGACACACCUGAAUAAACUCCAGAACCUCUUGAAGAAGUCGUUUGACCUGACAGAGCUCCUGCCAAGACCAAAGGACUAUAGCAAGAAGAAAAAUGAGGACGAAACGACAAGUCAGAAACCAGAGGAGGUUCAGUCAGACCUCCUGAAAACCCUGACAGAGAUCCUGCUGGGAGCUGAACAGGAAGAUUCACUUGAUCUGCUGGAACUGGAGGACGAAGAGGACAUUGAGGAAGGACAGGAGACAACAGAAGAGACAACAGAAAAGACACAAGAGGCCAAAGAAGACGAAUGGAAGGAGGGGAAGGAGGAGAAGGAGGAGAAAGAGGAG